AUGGGGAUGAGAUCUCCGCGCCAAGACUGCCUAUCGCCCCUUCACAGGUGCCUGGGCCUAGCUGCAGACCUGGAGCCUCAGCCUCACCUACAAGUCUGCGCCUGGAGGGAGUCAGCCGUGGGACUAGUUCCUCACUCACCUGGACACCCCGAGCUGGAGCACUUCACACCUGAAUGCAAGUUCAAAGAGUCCGUAUUUGAGAAUUACUAUGUGACAUACUCUUCAGUCCUGUACCGACAACGAGAAUCUGGUCGGUCCUGGUACCUCGGCAUCAACAAGGAAGGGGAGAUCAUGAAAGGCAACAGGGUGAAGAAAACGAAGAGGGCUGCACACUUCCUUCCCAAACUCAUAGAAGCUGCGUUGUAUCGGGAGCCAUCUCUGCACGAACUGGUGGACGAACUCCCUGACGUCAAGAAGGUCUCUAAAGCAGGCGAUGAGCCGGUCACCGUGGGCAACGGGAAGGGACAGCCCCCACAGACCAACACGUAG